AUGGAGACGCCAGUUCUGGGAUUUGAACUACGAUGUCCUCAUCUCUUCAACAUCAGCUCUCGUCCCUCUUCGUCUCUCUCCCCUCCCACCGUCUCAUUACGAAUUCCUACGACGGCGGCGGCAUCUACCGUCGUGGAAUCACCGGCGACGGUAGCAGAGGCGCCUCGUUCGAAACGUCAUUCGAAUACCUACCUGACGAGAAAAUCCGCCAUUUCUGAAGUCGAACGGUCUCCGGACUUCCUCUCCUCUUUGCAGAGAUUAGAAAGAGUUUUGAAGGUGCAAGACUUGAAUGUGAUUCUGCGUGACUUCGGAAUCUCAGGACGAUGGCAGGAUCUUAUACAGCUCUUUGAUUGGAUGCAACAACAUGGAAAUAUUAGUGUUUCAACUUACAGCAGCUGCAUAAAGUUUGUUGGCGCAAAAAGUGUCUCCAAGGCUCUAGAGAUAUACCAAAGCAUCCCAGACGAGUCUGCCAAAACCAAUGUCUAUAUUUGUAACUCCAUUCUUAGUAGUCUGGUCAAGAAUGGAAAGCUUGACAGCUGCAUCAAGUUGUUUGAUCAAAUGAAGCGAGAUGGUCUGAAACCAGAUGUGGUUACGUACAAUACGCUGCUUGGAGGUUUCAUCAAGGUGAAAAAUGGAUACUCUAAGGCUAUGGAACUCGUUGGAGAGCUGCCACAUAAUGGUAUACAGAUGGACGGGGUGAUGUAUGGGACUGUCUUGGCCAUUUGUGCUUCAAGUGGUCGAUGUGAAGAAGCUGAAAGCUACAUCCAGCAGAUGAAAGUUGAAGGUCAUUCGCCCAACUUAUAUCAUUACAGCUCCUUGCUCAAUUCUUAUUCUUGGAAAGGAGAUUACAAGAAAGCUGACGAGCUGAUGACUGAGAUGAAAUCAGUAGGAUUAGAGCCAAACAAGGUGAUGAUGACAACUUUACUCAAGGUUUAUAUUAAAGGAGGGUUGUUUGAAAGAUCAAGAGAAUUACUUUCGGAACUUGAAUCUGCAGGCUACACCGAGAACGAGAUGCCAUAUUGCAUGUUGAUGGAUGGUCUUUCAAAGGCGGGAAAGUUAGAAGAAGCAAAGUUAAUAUUUGAUGACAUGAAAGGGAAAGGCGUUAAAUCUGCAAAUUUGGUUCCUAUAUCCGAAUCACUGCAGGUUAGAUUUGGAGGACAACUCCGCUCAAAUCGUCUAGCUUCCUUGCCUGUUUUUCUAGAUAAUGAUUUCAAUUUCCCGUUUUCUUCAGAUGGCUAUGCAAACAGCAUAAUGAUAUCUGCUUUAUGUCGAAGUAAGCGUUUCGAGGAGGCAAAUCAACUGGCAAGGGACUCCGAAACCACUUAUGAAAAAUGCGACUUGGUGAUGUUAAACACAAUGCUCUGUGCCUAUUGCAGAGCAGGAGAAAUGGAAAGUGUUAUGCGAAUGAUGAAGAAGAUGGAUGAGCAAGCCGUUAGUCCCGACUAUAAUACUUUCCACAUCUUGAUCAAAUAUUUCAUCAAGGAGAAAUUGCACCUACUCGCGUACCAAACCUUGCUUGACAUGCACAGUAAAGGCCACCGGCUUGAGGAGGAACUUUGUUCGUCCUUGAUUUACCAUCUCGGUAAAAUUAGAGCUCAUUCAGAAGCAUUCUCAGUCUACAGUAUGCUGCGAUAUAGUAAAAGAACCAUCUGCAAAGAGCUGCACGAGAAAAUUCUUCACACUCUAAUCCAAGGGAAACUUCUUAAAGACGCAUACGUUGUAGUGAAGGACAAUGCAAAGAUGAUCUCACAGCCUACUUUGAAGAGAUUUGGCAGAGCUUUUAUGAUGUCCGGGAAUAUUAAUUUGGUGAACGAUGUUCUCAAGGUAUUGCAUGGCUCAGGCCACAAAAUCGACCAGGUUCAGUUUGAGAUUGCGAUUUCACGAUACAUUGCGCAGGCAGAUAAAAAGGAAUUGCUGCUUCAACUUCUACAAUGGAUGCCUGGUCAAGGAUACGUUGUUGACUCCUCCACGAGAAACCUCAUCCUCAAAAACUCUAAUUUGUUUGGUCGGCAACUCAUCGCAGAGAUCUUGUCUAAGCACCAUGUAAGGCCGCUGGUAAAAUCUCGAUCCCAGCCUAAAUUUAGAUGUAAAUAA